UAUGCUCGUGUUUGGGGCUGGGCCAAGCACAUACAAACCCACACACCCUUGGCUAAUCAGAUGGCAGGAUGCCGCUAUAAGUUGUGUCUCAGUUGUAACUUUAGGGUCAGACGGUUGGUUUCCUGUGGAGUUUGCCUUUAAUCUCUGAAAGAAUCAUGAAAAUCGCCGCUUUCAACAUUCAGAAAUUCGGAAAGAGAAAAUUAUCAGACCCUGCCGUUGUGCAAACACUUAUUAAGAUAGUGUCACGCUAUGACAUCAUUCUUAUCCUGGAGGUGGUGGACGCCAGCGGGAAAGCAGUCGACAACUUUAUGAAAAAACUUAAUAAGGCGAACCCACAGCACCAGUACAGCAUGAAGCUCAGUGUACGUCUGGGAAGGACCAUUUACAAGGAGCAGUUUUUGUUCCUUUACAGGGGUGAUGUGGUGAAAGUGACUGACACUUAUCAAUACGAGGACAAUCAACCUGGAGACGUGGAUGCCUUUGAUAGAGAACCUUAUAUACUGCAUUUCUCGGCUCCUAACACAGUGGUGAAAAACCUGGUUCUGGUGCCUGUCCAUACAAAGCCUGAAGACUCAGAGAAAGAGGUGGAUGAGCUGUAUGAUGUAGUCAUGACUGUGAAAGACAAAUGGAAAACAAAUAAUAUCAUGAUCUUGGGCGACUUCAAUGCAGAUGGCAGCUAUGUGUCUAAAAAGGAGAUGAAGGCAAUUCGUAUCUACACAGAUAAAAACUUCCACUGGCUGAUUACGGAUAAUGUGGACACCACCACGAGCACAAAGAAUGACCACACUUAUGACAGGAUAGUGGUGUAUGGACAAAAAUUGCUUGAUGCCGUUGUGCCGAACUCCGCCAAACCGUUUAACUUCCCACAGGAAUAUGGACUGAAUGAACCUGAUGCACUUAAAGUGAGUGACCACUAUCCAGUGGAGGUGGAACUGAAAGAAAGAAACGCCAGUGGUCCAAAGUCUGCCAAACGCAGGAAAUAGUCGAUGACCGGACACAGAAAACCCUGCCUGAGGACCUGGAAUAAAGGAACCAGUAUAUACCAAAUAAAGGUUUUCUGUAAAUAAAUGCAUGGCUGAAAUGUUUAAAAUUAAAAUGU